GACACACACACACACAGUGAGAGAGCAGCUCAGUCCCAGAGUGGUCAGCUCAGGAAAGAUGCUGCGUGUGUUUGUACUCCGGGCGGAGAACCUGCAGAUUAUCGAGAAUGAUAUCAGCGAUGCUUACUGCACCGUCACCUUCCAAGGUGUAAAGAAGAAGACCAAGGUUAUUAAGAACAAUUUAAACCCGGUCUGGAAUGAGGGUUUUGAAUGGGAUUUGAAAGGAACGCCGCUGGAUGCAAGUUCAGAGAUCCAAAUCGUGGUGAAAGACCAUGAAACGAUGGGUAGGAACAGGUAG